GCCAUCCAUCCACACCUUUCCAAGCCGCGCACACCUUCGACGUUCCCAUGUGCCGAAAGAUCGACUGCUCCGUGUGCCACAAGCCAACGUGGGCCGGAUGCGGCCAGCAUAUUGACUCGGCCCUGGCCAAUGUCGCCGUAGCCGACCGUUGUCCGUCCUGGCAGACUGGCAAGCACAACGCCGCCGCCGCGCCCCCCAAAGCGAAUUAACAAUGUAUGACCGCCUUAAUAAAUGGUUAAGACACAUGCAAAAGUUCAGG